UCUUUCUUCUCUCUCUCUCUCUCUCUCGUUCUUUUCUGCUAACCUCCGUCGCCAUGGGCUCCAUAACCAAGCGGAAUAUCGCCGCCGAAACGGACGAGGAUCCCACCCGCAAGCGCCGCCAGGUAGCGGGUGAAUUAGAAUUAGAAUUAGUUGGUGAUGAUGAAUUGCCUUCCGAUGUUGUGAACGAUAUUCUGUCUCGGCUGCCAGUGAAAACCCUAAUCAGAUUCAAGUCCCUCUGCAACGAAUGGGCCGCCAUAAUCACCAACAAUCCACACUUCGUCUCCAUGCACCUCAAGAACUGCACCAAUCACUCCCUCUUGUGCUACUCUGCCUCCUUUGGUCCCCAAUCGAUUUCACUCUGCCCCGAAGCAGAACCUUGUCAACGGUGGCUGAUCAAUCUAGGCCAGCAGAUGGCCAAGGAUGUCAUCUGUGGCGGUGGGGGAAACGGCCUGUUUCUUCUCGGCAAUCCAUGUAGGCGCUACCCUGAUUACCGUUUGUGGAGCCCGGCAACUCGUGAAAUCAAGCUUCUCCCAAACCCUCCUCUGGCGCCCCCAAUUAGCUACCCUCUGGAGUCGAUAUCGCCAGUCUAUUCACGGCAUUCCUGCGAUUACUGUGGAGUUGGUGAAGAUCUAGUUGCCAAUGAUAUCAAGGUCGUUCUGAUUCGUAACUACGUUUGUCAUGAUGAUAUUGGCAACUACAUCCCUUCCUCUGCCUUCCAUUCAUCAGUUUUUGUGUAUACAUUGCGCAGCAAUUGUUGGACGGAGAUAGCAGGAGGCUACCCAUACCAGGAAGGACGGAAUUAUUCUGGUUACCACACCUUAAAUCGCCAUGCUUACUCUGAGGGGAUCUUCUACCGGGUCUUUGACAACUACAGUAGAUAUGUGGUGGCGUUUGAUAUGGGAAGUCAUGUUUUCCACAAGAUAGACUACCCUUCUGGCGGUUCUUGGUAUAAUUGUACUCUCAGAGGAAGAACGAUGGUGGUGAGAGAGAAUGGGGUUGGAGUAGACAUUCAAUUCCUUGGCCUUUCUCUGGGAGGGCAGUGGUGAUGGGGUAUUGGAAGGAUGAUCAGGUUAUCGCUGAGACGUCGUCGGGUCAAUUGGUGUUGCUAGAUACCUGUGGUCGUACGGUGAAAGUGUUGCUAAAGAAUUACAAAAGGGCCAAGGGUUGGCAUGUUUAUAGAGAGAGUUUAGCCCCCAAUCAAAUGACAGUUGGAUGUUUUCUCCCCUCUUGAAAACUUACUAAAGAUGAUGUAUGUGUUAGAAAUAUGUUAUUCUGAAUUAGUGAUAUUAUUAUUAGGGUUGGUCGGUUACCUAGUUGA